CAACCUACAACAACCAUUCAAAUUGCAACAACCAUUCAAACUGUCAAUGACUUCGGUCAUGUCUACCGUCUUGACUUUCAAGUCUUGGCGUGAGGUUUGUCGUGCUUCGCUGCCCAUCGAACCUUCUCGUUCUGCUCUCUUGGCUCUAGAUGUUCCUUAUAUUCAUCACAACUUCAAAGACUCGGCUCGUCGUCACUUUCGAUUGUCUGUGGCAUAUCGCUUUGCUGUCCUGCAAGACUUGCGUCGUGAAGCAAGGUUCCAACUGUCAUUAAAGACUAGACCAGCUUUAUCGGAAGCAAUCAGUUUGCACAAGGCUAAACCUAUCUGUAAUACUACUGGCUUUGCUUUUAGUCCUCAUAAGAAACACUCUUGUCCAUCUUUACUAUCCAGACCCUCUCAGGCCUGUUCUGCUGGCAUUCAGAUACCCUACAAAUAUCAACGACCUGGAAGACGAGGUUGGUCCCGCAUUCCUACUAAAACACAUGUUCAUACCAAACCCAUCUCAAACACUGGCUCUGUGUCCAACCUCUUUUCACUCGCUAGUAUACCCAUUCAAGAUCCAUACCCUUGUAUCGCCAAGCAUUCCGAACCUCAAUCCAAUACAUCCUUGCUGUCCUCUGACAUUGAUGCAUCUUCAUCUACCGCGUCGCUCCCUUUUAAACCUACAAACAAUACACUAGCACCAAUUGAUGAAUCUGCUAUUGUUUUAAACAUCUCUACUGAAUCACCUACUCUCUCUAUAUCAACUUACCCACUCAUAGAACCUACUCAAUUGAUUUCUGAACCAACAUCUCAAACUACCACUUUCCUUGUCAAUAAUAUCACGCCAUUCCAAUGCACUCCCACAAAACCUGCUUGUUCCAAAGUUGAUGCUGACUUGCAAUAUCCUUCUCCACCCGUUUCAACUCUGCUCUGCUCUGAUAUUCAACGCUCUCCUUCAAUCCCUAUUCUGAAUUCACCGCAAUACACUGGAAAUACCGACACUUGUUUAUCACUACAAUCUCCCUAUUCUCUAUCAACUUGUUCUACCAUCAGCACCUCGCCUAAACCCAUUCGAAAAAUAUCAAAGUUUGGCCAAAAACGAAUCGAGCGCCAAAAACUAAUGGAAAAAUACCUGCAAGAAGAAGAAGGCAAUGACUUUUAUGAUUUGGCUGAACACAAUGAUAAUCGUCGCAAUGCAUGGUUUAGAGUAAGAAUCUCGGAAAGCAAAAAUGGCCGCAUGGAUGCAUCACUGCUACGCGAGAAUCGUCUUAAAAAAGCUGCCAAGCUUCAACGUCUUGCUCACGAUCAAGCAAUAUAUGCUAGUCGAGGAUUAUACCUUUCUGGAAUGGGAAAUGAAAUUAGAAACUUGGGAAAUAUGCUACACAUCACUGAACGAUACAUCAAAGACCUUGACCAAGACCGAAAUCAAUCCACUCUUCCCGCACCACCUGUACGCACAUACAAACUCCCUGACAAGACAAGACACCAAAUAGCUUUUUUAACUAUUCACGGUGAACCCUCUCCCAAAGAACCAAUUGUUCAAGCUAUUUUUGAAGAGGCUUCAAAAAUGAUGUCUGAAAUCUUUGCAGAACAAAACAUUCUUGUGGAUCUCAAGGAGGGCUGUGCAGAGGAAGAUUUUUCUGCAGAAAUCAUGGCAGAUGUCAACAGCUACGAGGCUCUUGCAUCUGCAGAGUAUAUCUUUAUGCGCAAGUAUAUGUGGAUCGAAAGUGUGGCAGUUAAAAAAGAGUAUCGUGGUUUGGGUUUUGGAAAAAUCAUGAUGGAGCGAAUGUUCCACAUUGCACAAGCACGCAACAAGAAUAUUCUGCUCUAUGCUUUGGAUGACGUUGUUUCUUUUUACCAAUCACUUGGAUUCGUCAUGUCCCCACAAUGUAUGGUUGAUGCUUUGUAG